AUGGAUAAAUCAGUAAGUAGUCCAGAUUUACCGAUUAGUCCAAAACAGGAAUAUGCUAACAAGGCUGAAAACUUUCUGGAAUACAUGUGUCGUCUGUGCAUUGACUCAGAGCCCAGUGUUGCCCGAAACACUGCUAUCAUCUGCACCAUUGGCCCAGCUUCCCAAUCUGUGGAGACAUUAAAAAAGAUGAUUAGCACCGGAAUGAAUGUGGCCCGUAUAAACACCUGCCAUGGAAGUUAUGAGGACUACGUAAUGAUGAUCAAAAAUGUACGAGCAGCUACAGAAAGCUUUCUUUCUGAUCCCACAUUCUAUCGGCCUAUUGCUAUAGCAUUGGACAUACAAGGACCAUCUGUCCGGACUGGACUCGUCAAGGGCAGUGAAACAGGAGAAGUAGAGUUGAAGAAGGGCAAGUCUAUCAAAAUCACUUUGGAUGAAGCCUAUAAGGAAAAAUGUGAUGAGAAUAUUCUGUGGGUAGACAACAAAAGCGUUUUAAGCAACAUAAAGAUUGGUGGCAAUAUCUACGUGGACAAUGGGCUCAUUUGUCUGGUUGUGAAAGAGAAAGAUAAUAGUUUCCUUUUGACUGAGGUGACCACUGGUGGGAUGCUGGGCAGCAGGAAAUGCUUGAACUUUCCUGGGUUGUAUAUGGACUUUUCUCUUACAACUAAGGAUAAAGAAGAUAUAAAGUUUGGAAUAGAGCAAAAUGUGGAUAUGGUGUUUGCAUCUUUCAUCCAAAAGGCAAAUGAUGUCCAUGACAUCAGAAAGGUACUUGGGGAAAAAGGAGAACAUGUGAUGGUCAUCAGCAAGAUUGAGAACCAUGAAGGAGUCCGAAACUUUGAUGAGAUCUUGAAAGUCAGUGAUGGUAUUAUGAUUGCUCGGGGGGACUUAGGUAUUGAGAUCCCUCCUCAAAAAGUCUUCAUUGCUCAGAAGAUGAUGAUUGGAAGGUGUAAUCUAGCUGGGAAACCUGUUAUCUGUGCCACUCAGAUGCUACAGAGCAUGAUUAAGAAGCCACGUCCCACUCGAGCUGAAAGCAGUGAUAUAGCCAAUGCUGUCCUAGAUGGAGUAGAUUGUAUCAUGCUAUCAGGGGAGACAGCCAAAGGGGACUACCCAUUAGAAUGUAUCGAGGUCUCCCACAGGAUUGCCCGAGAGGCAGAGGCUGCCACCUUUCACUUGCAGUUAUUUAAUGAGCUUUUCUACCUGGUCCCCCAGAAUCAGGAUUUUACUGACAUUACUGCUGUGGGUGCUGUAAAAGCUUCUUUCAACUAUGCCAGUGAGGCCAUCAUCGUUCUCACUGACACUGGAAAGUCAGCUUAUUUUAUAGCCAGGUAUCGUCCUCGGGUCCCUAUCCUUGCUGUCAUUCGGGAUGCCCAAAUUGCACGCCAGGUCAAUUUGUACCGAGGCAUCUUUCCUAUACACUAUCUAAAACCUGUUCAUGAGGUAUGGACUGAAGAUGUCGAAAUGAGGAUUACCUACGCCAUGGAGGUUGGCAAAGCUCAUGGCUUUUUCAAGAAAAAUGAUAUGGUCAUUGUAGUAAGUGGUUGGUGUCCAGAGAUAGGCUGUACCAACACUAUGCACAUGGUUUCAGUUUCAUAA